AUGGAUUCCGAUGACGGCAUGCUCGAUGCCUACGAUGACGAAUCGGGAGAGUACGAUCAGUCCAGCUACGAUGAUGAUGAUGAUAAUGAACACAGCCAUGGUGAAGAUGCUGAACCCGAAUAUGUUGAUGAAGACGUGAACGAUUCCUCUAGUAACUAUGUCGUUCUCAAGGAAAAAGACAUACGCAUACGACAAGAGAAUGAUAUAAAACAAGUCUCUAUGCUCCUCUCCAUAACCACGGUAGAAGCAAGCGUCCUCCUCCUUCACUAUCGUUGGAUUAUUAGUAAACUUACUGAUGAAUGGUUUGCUGAUGAGGACAAAGUUCGGAGAACUGCUGGCGUAUUAGAAGGAGGAUCUGUCCUCGUUGAAAAACCUCGUGGUCGAAAAAUUAAAUGUGGAAUAUGUUUUGAUAAAUUUCGUCCUCGAAAAAUCGUACCUAUUGUUUGUGGUCAUAGUUUCUGUUCUACAUGUUGGAAUGGUUACAUCAGCACAGCCAUCAACGAUGGUUCAGGAUGUUUGAUACAAAAGUGUCCUGAACCGUCUUGCCACGUGGCUGUUGGACGUGACAUGGUCGAGAAGGUAGUCUCGGAGGAAGACAAGGGAAAGUACGAUAGGUAUUUUCUUAGGUCUUAUAUAGAAGAAAGCAAAAAUAUGAAGUGGUGUCCAGCUCCAGGAUGUGACCACGCGGUUGAGUUUUCUCGGAGUGGAGUUAGUUACGAUGUUUCAUGUUUGUGUUCGUAUAGAUUUUGCUGGAACUGUAACGAAGAUGCUCACAGUCCUGUGGAUUGUGACACGGUUUCGCAAUGGAUACUCAAGAACAACGCAGAAGCGGAGAAUACUAAAUGGAUACUUGCCAACUCCAAGGCUUGUCCCAAGUGUAGGCGACCGAUUGAGAAGAACCUUGGAUGCAUGCACAUGACGUGCGGACCACCUUGUAGGCAUCAGUUUUGUUGGCUUUGCCUUGGUGCAUGGAGUGAUCACGGGGAAAGUAGCGGCGGGUAUAAUGCAUGCAACAAGUACGAGAAGGCUAAGAGAGAAGGGCUGUAUGAUGAGGUUGAAAAGAAGCGAGAGAUGGCUAAGAGCUCGUUAGAGAGGUACACUCAUUAUUAUGAACGAUGGGCGAGUAAUCAAAAGUCUAGGGACAAAGCUUUUGGAGAUCUUCAGGUGUUCUUGUCGGAGAAGAUUACGAAGCUUAGUGACAUACAAGGGAUAACAAAGACUGAGCUCAAGAUCAUCACAGAUGCGUGGCUUCAGAUCAUCGAGUGCAGACGGGUGCUGAAAUGGACUUAUGCUUAUGGAUAUUAUCUGAUUGAAUCUGAACGUGAGAAGCAAUGUUUUUUCGAGUACGUGCAAGGGGAGGCUGAGUCUAAUUUGGAGAGGCUCCACAGAUGCGUUGAGGUAGAGUCGGGGGUGUUUGAGGAUUCUAAAGAGCCUUUAGUAGGAGACUUUAACACUUUUCAGAAAAAAUUAGUUAAUUUGACUAAAGUAACGAAGACGCAGUUUGAAACUCUCGUGGAAGCUCUGGAGAAUGGCAAUCUAGAGUCUCGAGUCUCUAAAAAAAGACGGUACUGA